AUGAACCUUUCUCUUUUGGACCCCUUCGCCGUUGCCAAGGAAUACCCGGACACCUUGAUCCAGACUUUGGCGUACGGACACUCAACUCAGAUCAGGUUCAGUCAGAAGGGCGACUACCUGGCGUCGGGUCUGGCCGAUGGAAUCAUUCUCAUAAUCGACACAGACACCAAUUCCACGAUCCAAGUUUUACGCGACCACACACGGGCAAUCACCUCGUUAUGUUGGUCUAAAUGCGGCCGCUACCUGCUGUCGUCGUCAAGAGACUGGAAAGUGAACUUAUGGGACCUUUCGAGCUGCAAAGUUAUUCGAAGCUGCAAUUUCGAAUGUCCCGUUUGGUGCAGCGUGAUGAAUCCCGCAAACAAGUUCCAGUUUGUGGCCGCAUUGGUCGAUAACGACCCUGUUUUUGUGGACGUGGAGAACGAGCCCAAAAUCACACAGUUGGCUACCAGUCCAUAUGGAGUCGAGAAUCCACCAAGACAGUCUACAUUGACGGUCAAUUUCACGCCGGACGCAAAGUACAUCUUCACGGGGACCAGCAAGGGCUGGCUCAAUGUGAUAGAAACCUCGACCGCUCAAUUGGUGCGAAGCUUGAACGUUUGUGGGUCGAAUAUCAAAAACAUUGAAAUUUCACCAAACUCUGCGAAACUGGCCGUCAACUCCAGCGACAGAAUCAUCAGACAGUACACAAUGCCCAAACUGGAAGUUCCUGUGGGGGAAUGGGAGUUUGAGCUUGAAAACCGGUACCAGGACGCCGUGAACAGACUGCAAUGGAACGCUCUGAGAUUUAACCAUAAUUCGGAGUAUUUGUGUGCUUCUACUCUGGGAGCAACGCACGAUGUGUACAUAUGGGAGACGGCACUGGGAUCUUUGAUUAAGAUCCUGGAAGGAUCGAACGACGAGCUGUUGGCCGUGGACUGGAAUUACAGAAAGUGCUGGAUCGUGGCUUCCACGAUGGACACGGGAACACUGUUCAUCUGGUCGGUUGUGAUUCCGCAGAAAUGGAGUGCUCUGGCUCCGGACUUCGAGGAGAUUGAGCAGAAUAUCGAUUACGAGGAAAAAGAAGACGAAUUCGAUUACGUCGACGAAGACGACAUGAAUAAACAAAUAGAGGAGGAGGGCGAAGAAGUGGACAUUCUGCGACGGGAAGAAGUGGACGCACGCGGAUUCCCGUUUGUGGACUCGUUUGUGAUCGACAGUGUGCCUGUUUCGGAGUGA